CUAACUAGUGAGCUGCCACCUGUCAGUACUGAUUUUCUUAAUGUCAUAUAGCUCAGUAGAUAUUGUGAGAUAUUGAAUAUAUCUUACUUAUUAUUGACUUGAUAAGAGAUUAUUUAGUCAUAAAUCGUUAAAAUUGUUGAAGGAUAAAAUGGCACCGAUAAGAUUUGCAAUAUUAACUGUAAGUGAUAGUUGUGCUAGAGGUGAGAAAACAGAUGAGAGUGGUCCUGGAUUAAAAGUGCUCGUCAGUGCUACAGAUUCAGACAAAAGUAUAUUGCAAGGAGAAGUUUCUUGUACUGCAAUUGUGGAAGAUAACGAAGCAUUAAUAGCGAAACAUUUAAUUAAUUGGAGUGAUGAGAAUAAAGCUGAUGUUAUUCUCACCACUGGCGGCACUGGAUUUUCCAAAAGAGAUGUUACUCCUGAGGCAACUAAAAAAGUUAUCCACAAAGAAGCUCCUGGACUAUCUUCAGCAAUGCUCAUAUCAAGCCUGAAAGUAACACCAAUGGCUAUGCUUUCUCGAUCUGUAUGUGGAAUACGAAAUAAAACACUUAUUGUGAAUUUGCCUGGUUCACGUAAAGCCGCAAUAGAAUGCCUAACUGCAAUUGCACCUGUUAUACCCCAUGCUGUAGAUUUGAUUUUGGAUGAUAAAGAAAAAAUUAAAGAUACACAUAAUAUUGUGCAACAUAAUAUUACAUCAUGUUCGCAUAAUGCGUCUACAAAGCCAAUGGAUUUCGAGAAUGUGACAAAACGUCUUAGAGAAUCCCCAUUUCCCAUGAUUUCUGUGGAGGAAGCAGUGAGGAUAAUACGUACGAGUGUAGAGGGAAAGCAAAUUGAAAUUGUGAAUGUAAAAGAUGCCUAUGGUAGAAUAUUGUACGAGAAUGUAUAUUCUGAGUGCGACCUGCCACCAUUUAGAGCUUCCAUAAAAGAUGGAUACGCAGUACUAGCAAGCGACGGAAAAGGCAGAAGAACGGUACUGUGUGGCGUGAAAGCAGGGACUGCGCCCGCUUUGAUUUCCCUUAUACCCGGUACUUGUGUACGUGUAAAUACUGGAGCGCCUAUUCCUGAUGAAGCGACAGCGGUUGUACAAGUUGAGGAUACAAAGCUAGUAUUAACAAAUUCUGCUACAACAGAAGAGAAAGAAAUUGAGAUAAUGCUUGAACCAAAAGAAGGACAGGAUAUCAGACCUAUUGGUUGCGAUAUAGAAAAAGGAAGCUUAGUAUUAAAUUCACACACGAAUAUUGGUCCAGCAGAAUUAGGACUUCUGGCAGCUUGUGGCUGCAAAUUCGUUACAGUUACUAAACUUCCAUGUAUAGGUAUAUUGUCCACUGGAGAUGAAUUAGAAGAUAUUGGACAUCCUUUAAGACCAGGGCAUGUCUACGAUAGUAACAAAAUAACUUUGAUUUCAUUAUUAAAGAAAAAUGGCUUUGAUUCUCUAGAUUGUGGAAUUGCGGUUGACGACACUAAUGUUAUGAUACACAAGAUCACGGAAGCUUUAAAGAAAGUGGAUGUACUUGUAACAACGGGUUCUGUAUCAAUGGGUGAUAAAGAUAUAUUGAAGCCUAUCUUAGAAAUGUAUUUUAAUGCCGUUAUAUACUUUGGACGCGUAAAUAUGAAGCCAGGAAAGCCAACGACAUUUGCAACAUGCACAUUCUUAAAUAAAAAAUAUUUUCUGUGUUUGCCGGGAAAUCCGGUAUCCGCUACCGUUACCGCACGUUUAUUCCUCUUGCCACUUCUAAAUGAGAUGCGUGCUGACGCCUCAGAACCAGUCAUAGUACAAGCUAAGUUGAUGUCGUUGUAUAAUUUGGAUCCUCGUCCUGAAUAUGCAAGAGCAAUUUUGAAAUGGAAUAACGAUGAACCGCUUCCAGAGGCUCAUAUUACUGGAAAUCAAAUUAGUAGCAAACUACUCAGUUGUAAAGGUGCUAACGCUCUUUUAAUGCUGCCAGGACGAACAGCGGAAAAGCAAGUGUUGAAGAAAGGCGAUAUUGUACCAGCAAUGCUUAUUGACUUUAAAUAGUCUUCAAGAUAUUAAUAAAGUUUUGAUAUACGUA